AUGGGAAAUUACCCGGACAGAAUCGAAUUUUCUGGGUUUUUUUUUGGAGUACAUGCGUGGCCUCCACUUGGGAAGAAGAAUUUCAAGACUCUCUCAUACCUUCCCACUCUCACCACCGAACAAUUGGCCAAGGAAAUCGACUACCUUCUCCGUUCUAAAUGGAUUCCUUGCUUGGAAUUCGAAUUAGAGCAUGGAUUCGUGUACCGUGAGAACCACAGGUCACCUGGGUACUACGACGGACGCUACUGGACCAUGUGGCAGCUCCCCAUGUUCGGGUGCACCAAUUCAUCCCAGGUUCUGGCGGAGCUGGAGGAGUGCAAGAAGGAAUACCCCAAGGCAUUCAUUAGAAUCAUCGGAUUCGACAAAGUCCUUCAAGUGCAGUGCAUCAGUUUCAUUGCCCACAAGCCCGAAGGCUAUGAAUAAG